AUGGAGUUUUCAGUGUUUUUCAUCACCCUUCUUAUUCUUCAAGCUAUUUUCUCCUUCCAAGCAUCAAUCCAAGCAGUCCCUGCAAACUCAAACCUCUUCCGUGAGUACAUAGGAGCAGAGUUCAAUAAUGUCAGAUUCACCGAUGUUCCUAUAAACUCAAAUGUUGAAUUCCAUUUCAUCCUCUCUUUUGCAAUAGACUAUGACACCUCAGAUUCUCCCUCUCCCACCAAUGGAAAAUUCAACAUCUUCUGGGACACCGAUAAUCUAAGCCCUUCCCAGGUUUCUUCUAUCAAGAACCAACGUUCUAAUGUCAAAGUUGCCUUGAGUCUCGGAGGGGAUAGCGUAGCGAAUGGCCAUGCUUACUUUAAUCCCUCCUCAGUUAAAUCUUGGGUUUCUAACGCUGUUUCUUCACUCACACGGAUCAUUAAGCAGUAUAACUUGGAUGGGAUUGAUAUUGAUUACGAGCACUUUCAAGCCGAUCCUGAUACAUUUGCAGAGUGCAUAGGACAACUCAUUACAACCCUCAAGAGAAAUGGAGUCAUCUCAUUUGCCUCUAUAGCUCCUUUUGAUGAUGAUCAAGUUCAGAGCCAUUACUUGGCCUUAUGGAGAAAAUAUGGGCAUCAGAUAGACUAUGUGAACUUCCAAUUCUAUGCAUAUGAUCAGGGCACCUCAGUAUCCCAGUUUAUGAGUUACUUCAAAACCCAGAGUUCUAAAUACAAUGGUGGGAAAGUCUUGGUGAGCUUUAUCAGCGAUGGAAGCGGAGGCUUAUCUCCGUCAGACGGCUUCUUUACAGCCUGCAGUGAGCUUAAGAGACAGAAUGAACUCCAUGGGAUUUUCGUUUGGUCAGCAGAUGACUCUAAGGCUGGUGGUUUUCGCUACGAAAAGCAGUCACAAGCUCUUCUAGCAAUUCGUCACUAG